AACGUUGUACCUUUGGCGGUACCUGACCUUCAACUCGGCUUUUUCUUGCUUGUUGUGCAUGAAAUUUAUUGUCUUUGGGGAUUAUAGAGGUAUGUUUUCUGGUUGUGCUGUGAUUCAUCUUCCAAGAAGUGGUCAUGAAUUUAGUCAGAAUACGUCAGAAGAUGAUUAUUGGCAUAGAAUUUAAAGGGUUUGUUUGAAUUGAAGGGAAUUUUUUUUUCGUGAGGACGUACAGAAUUCGAUGCUUGUGCAUGUUCAAUUCCUUGUAAUUAAAUUUUUAUAGGCUCAAUUUUCAAAAUAAUCCAAACUUGGUAUGCAUGUCGACAUGACGCAAAAUAUUUUUCUUCUUCUAUUUAGCCCCAUGUUACAUUUUCAAUUUUUUUUGUUGUUAUGCUCUUUUCUUGAUCUUGGUUCAAUUAUCUGCAGCAUUGCUACUUGUGCCUACAUUUUCAUUCAACUUCUCAAUUUGUCACCUCAAGAAUCAUUACAAGACCCUAUUUACUAUGUUCUAUUGCGGCAUGAAAAAAGGGAUGGAAUGCAACAAAAGAGGCAGAACUCCCCUGUUGUAGUGGCAAGAAUUGCUUUCAGCAUUUUGGGUUGUUUAAUGUUGGGAACUUUGAUCUACACUAUUGUAACUGAUCGUUCACCUUUUCGCAAAGAUCUCCUUACUCCGUGGAUGGAUGCAACAUUAGUUGACUUCUAUAUCAAUGUUGUGUGUAUUUCGGUUUGGGUUGCCUACAAGGAAUCAAGUUGGAUUAGUUCAUUCUUGUGGAUUACUUUCUUGAUAUGUUUUGGCAGCGUUGCAACUUGUGCCUAUAUCUUCGUACAGCUUUUGCAGCUUACUUCUCAAGAUCCUCUCUACCUAGUUUUAUUGAAUAAAGACGACAGGUCAGAAAACAGGUAUGAGAGAACUUAGCAAGAAAGGAGUUUGUUGACAUGAGGAUCUUAGGCCAAAAUGAUUGAAUAAUCUUUUUCUGAAGGAUCUCAAAUCACUAUGGAUUUAUGCCAUAAUAACAGAUUGAAGCAGUAUAAUUAAUGUAAAUUACUUCUUUAACUACUCCUUGGAAUAUUUUACUGUAAAUGCAAGUUUGAGAUUGUGGGCAAAAUUGCAAUAUUAACCAGGGAUUGUCUUUGGGAGCGGUAGUGUGUCAUGUUGAAGUAAAGAUACAAUUUAAUGUUCAAAUGUGCACUUGAACUUCCUAUGUUUAAUCUUUCUAUGUUAUGAUUUUCUUAUGAGAACAUCCCUUUUGUUUA